UAAAUUUAAAAAUCAUUUCAUGACAGUUGACAUUUAAUUUCAUUCUACAUGAGUACGGCCGUAAGUGGAUCAAGAGAGGUUGCCUCUCACAACAUCCUUGUGACUGGCGGUGCAGGGUUUAUCGGUUCACAUGUUGUUAUCCAUCUGGUAAAGUCAUUUCCAUCCUGGAACAUUUAUGCAUUUGAUAAGCUCGACUACUGUGCAUCGUUAAAGAGUCUGCAAGAGGUAGUCGACUAUCCAAACUAUAGUUUUAUCAAGGGAGAUGUGUGUUCGGCAGAAUUUAUCAACUAUCUGCUUUCCGAAAAAAAGAUUGAUGUCAUCUUGCACUUGGCAGCCCAAUCCCAUGUCGACAAUUCAUUCGGCGACUCGCUUGAAUUUACUAGAAAUAAUGUAUAUGGUACUCAUGUUCUACUGGAGGCUGCUCGUGCACACAAGAUUCGUCGUUUUGUGCAUGUUAGCACUGACGAAGUAUAUGGCGAAGUCGAUCACCAAGAGGCAUGUAAAAAUCCGGAUAUGAAUGAAACUUCAAUAUUGGCACCAUCAAAUCCAUAUGCAGCUACUAAAGCUGCUGCCGAAUGUCUAGUCAUGGCUUACUACAAGUCAUUUAAACUGCCCAUCAUCAUCACUAGAAGCAAUAAUAUUUUUGGACCAUUCCAAUAUCCAGAAAAGAUUAUUCCAAAGUUCAUCUGCUCUAUAUUAAAAAACCUUCCAUGUUAUAUUCACGGGGAUGGAUCAAAUUCACGGAGAUAUCUGUUUGCUGGCGAUUUGACUCGUGCACUGACGAUAAUACUGUUGCACGGAAAGUUUGGCGAAACAUAUAAUAUUGGAUCUGACUGCGAAAUUACAAAUCUUGAACUAACCAGGUCGCUUCUGAGACACUUUAAUAUCGCUGAUGAAAAAAAUAGCAUCCGAUUUGUUGAAGAUAGAGCGUUCAAUGACAAGCGAUAUGCCAUUGAUUCUUCAAAAAUACACUCUUUGGGUUGGAGACCAACAACAACAUUUGAAGAAGGCAUACGCAUUACUAUCGAGUGGUAUCGAGCUCAUGCAGAUAAUUGGUGGGGGGAUAAUAUUUCUAGCGCACUUGUGCCUCAUCCAGGACGUAAGUUUCCGCCACUUCAAUUUUUAACCGAGUCGUUUAAAGCAGACGAGAUGGAUGGGAUGUAAUGAUGGCUUGAAUACGUAAACGUACAUGAGAUUUAAAUUACCAUUUAUUGGAAAUAUAUUAAAGACUAGCAAUAGUUG